AUGGCUCCGUCAGCAAUUGAUAAGAUAGCAUCAACAGUGACCUCCUUCUCAUCUGACAGGCCUCGAAUCCUAGUCCCUGAAAAGGUCUCCCCGGACGGUCUCGCGCUUCUGAAGGACAAGUACGAUGUGGACAACCGCACCGGCUUGUCCGCGAACGAGCUCGUCGACCUGAUCCCCAACUACCAUGCCCUGAUUGUACGAUCCGAGACGAAGGUCAAUGCCGCCGUGCUCGCAGCAGGCAAGAAGCUCCGAGUCGUGGCACGAGCCGGUGUUGGUGUAGACAACAUUGACGUGGAUGCUGCCACCAAUCAUGGAAUCAUUGUUGUCAAUUCACCUUCAGGCAAUAUCGUUGCAGCGGCUGAACACACGAUUGCUCUUCUUCUCGCAACGGCCCGCAACGUCGGACGCGCGGAUACCACGAUGAAAGACGGUAAAUGGGAGAGAGGCAAACUCGUUGGCGUCGAGGUCGGCAGCAAAACUCUUGGAAUUAUCGGUCUCGGCAAGGUGGGAAUGAAAGUUGCCCGCAUGGCCAUUGGGCUCGGGAUGAAGGUGAAGGCGGUCGACCCAUACGCCAGCAAGGAUAUUGCUCUACAAGCAAACGUCGAGCUUGUGGCCGACCUCAAAAACCUCUUACCGGUGGUGGACUUCUUGACCAUUCACACGCCACUAAUGGCCAGUACGCUGGACCUUAUCAAGGAGGAGGAGUUCCAGACAAUGAAGAAGACGGCCAGGGUUCUGAACGUGGCACGCGGCGGAGUCUAUAAUGAGGCGGCGUUGCUGCGCGCUCUGGACGAAGGGUGGAUUGCUGGAGCUGGUUUGGAUGUGUUCACGUCGGAGCCCCCGAAGGCCGAUUCAACAGCAUCCCAAUUAACCAAGCACCCAAAGGUAGUUGCAACCCCGCACCUGGGGGCGUCCACGGUCGAGGCUCAGGAAAACGUCUCCAUGGACGUCUGCACCCAGGUAGUCGAGAUCCUUCGUGGCGGCCUGCCAACUGCCGCAGUCAAUGCUCCUCUUAUCAUGCCGGAAGAGUACCGCAAACUGCAGCCUUUCGUGCGGCUCAUUGAGAAGAUGGGAGGGCUCUAUACGCAGCAUUUCGUUGGCAGCAAGGGUGGCAUGGUAGGCGGGCGACGAUUCGAGCUGAUCUACCAGGGUGACCUGGCAGGCACCUCCAACACUCGCCCGCUCUUUGCGGCAUUGGUGAAGGGGCUCGUUUCGUCCAUCAGUGACUCUGGCGGGCGUGACGUGAACAUUGUCAACGCCAGCCUCAUUGCCAAGGAGAAGGGCAUAAUAAUCAGUGAGACACACAGCGGAGAGGUGAAGAAUGCGGUGUAUGCCAGCCUGGUGACACUUCGGUCACAUGGCGAGGAUGGCGAGCAAGUGAUUGAAGGAUAUGUGUCUGGGCAAAGCAUAUACAUCUCCAAGUUAGACCGGUUCAGUGCGACUUUCCAACCGCAAGGAACGAUGUUGGUACUUCACAAUUAUGACGAGCCAGGCAAGAUUGGAGGUGUAGGAACGGUAUUAGGCCAGUAUGGAAUCAACAUCACCUUCAUGCAGGUGGCCAGCUUGGACGGAGAGCAGAGGAAGGCAGAGAACGGCAACGAAGCUCUUAUGAUUCUGGGUGUGAGAGGGGAGGUUAGUGCAAAGGUAGUGGAGGAUUUGCAGCAAGCAGAAGGAAUCUUGAAUGUAAGUCUGGUGAGGUUGUGA